AUGACAAGUUAUGGCUCGGACCGGCCGUCGAGCCCGGGUGGCCAGGAGAGGGGUUACCGAAGAAAGAGGCUCGCAGCUAUGGCUGGCAACUUGUACCGAACCGGACAACAAGCUGUGACGGAGAUCAAGGAAUCCUAUGCGCAGACACGGGUGCGAGGCAUGGAUGGCGCAUCUGAGAACCACGGCCGAAUACACAUCCCCGGUGCGUUUCCAGACGUGGCCAUCACAGUUCAGGGCAACGAUCAAAUGGUCUUGUUCCCCUCGUACGCGAAACGACACAGCAAGCAAGAUUGGGACCAGGGAGGAAUGCCCCAGUCACAAGCUGGCUCUGGAAGCAUCCGAGACGAGGACUACUGGCGCCAGGAAUGGGAGAGAAACGAAGACGAGAGGGCAAUCGUCGAUGUCGAUGUCCGAGGCUGGGUAUACUCUCCUCAAAUGGGACCGAUGACGAGACGGAACCGAAUGCUGAUCGGCCUCGCUCGGCAACUAAGUGGGAUACCGGCCCCAAGAGCCGACCAAGGUUACAACUCCAAUAUUGGGGCGCCUCAACCAAAUAACCAGACGGAUGACCUACGUGAACAAGAGAAGAUUGCCCAUGAGGCGGCGCGGAUCGAACGUAUAGGCCAGGCGGAGAAACGGGUCGCCAACCGAGGAGGAUACAGCGAGAGACCACAGGAAGCUGGCGAUGAGGUGCAGAGCAUUUAUCCUACGAGAUCUCGCAGCGGACAGCAGUCUCCAGACUCAGCACCGACCAGCCCGACCAUGCCAGCCAGGACAUUUUCAUCGAGCACCAACGAGCUCAGUGAAGCUGAGCUGUCGGUCGCCAACGCGAAUCUCAUGGCUCGGAUAGCACCAUUCAUGACGAACCCCUCGGUUGCUCUCCCGAUUACUCUCUUCUUCUACAACGACACCAAAUCACAGUCAAAGACGGUCAUGACUAACGAUGCCGGUCAUUUUGUGGUUCGGGCGGCACUCGAAUUCAUCCCAACUCACGUUAGGGUCUUGGCCAACGAGGACCUGUCCGCGACCCAGGAGAUUAAGAUCACCGAGCCUAACGGAGUCAGUCUCAUCAGCGACAUAGACGACACGGUCAAGAGGUCCAACAUUCUCGGCGGUGCGAAAGAAAUCUUCCGCAACACUUUUAUCCGAGACCUGUCUGAACUCAAGAUUGACGGAGUCAAAGAAUGGUUCAAUAGAAUGCAUGACCUCGGCGUUAGCAUGCAUUACUGCUCGAACAGCCCCUGGCAGCUUUUCCCUGUUCUGGCGAGCUUCUUCAAGCUCACUGGUCUCCCCCCCGGGUCACUCCACUUGAAACAAUAUAGUGGAAUGCUUCAAGGGAUUUUUGAGCCGGUCGCAGAAAGGAAGAAGUCGACAUUGAACCGGCUGCUGAGAGAUUUCCCUGAGCGAAAGUUUCUGCUUGUGGGCGACAGUGGCGAGGCCGACUUGGAAGUGUAUACCGAGUUGGCAAUGGCGAACCCGGGUCGGAUCCUGGCAGUCUUCAUCCGAGACGUGACGACACCAGAGGAAACGGGCUACUUCGACCCUGGCUUCAAUCUCUCCCGAAAAAAGAGUAGGACAUUUGAUCAAAGUGUCAGCAACAAUGCCAGCCAGUCUAGUCUGAUACCUAGCGGAUCCCGCGAGAGAAAGCUCUCGGCUGGGCCCAGCAUGGGAACAUUGAUUGACUUCUCUGGCGAACCCGAGGAGACAAAGGUGGAUAGAUCCGCGGCCCUUGCCCAGAUUCGCAACUCGAAUGCAAAUAGAAGUACGAGCACGCCUGACAUUACUGUGCGGAAGCCGGCGCCACCUCGACCCGCAAAGCCGGCGGCGUUGAGGAGCGCAAAGUCCAUCACAGAGCUCAACAAGGGGGUGACCAGAAUCGGACUAUCGCGGGAGGGCUCCUUUACGAGCGAUGAGCCGCCGCCUCCUCCGCCGAGGAAACCUGUUCCUCAGAUCAAGGAACCUCCCCCGCAUCCUUUGUCACAAAUCCAGAACUCUUCCCAACGGUCACUGGGGAACAACGUGAAAAUCCCCAGGAGUGCUGCUGCAGCACAGAUGUGGGAUAGGACUGCACCUGGGGAUAGCAACACUGCAGGGGAUCGCCCGCCGCCUCCUCCGCCUCGGCGACGAGGUACCCCAACUCAUGUUGAAAGCCCGAAGCCACCGCUACCCCCACGACGGUCGCAGACGUCAAACUUGGAUGUUGACUAUGAACCUCUCCCUCCGCCUACAUCGCCACCACCUCCAUUUGCGGCGACUCGAUCGGGAAGUCGAUCUGACGGCAACACACCUGCGGGGUCUCCGAACUUUGGCCCGCAGGCAGUGAACAAGAAGCUGGAAUUGUGGAGGCGGCGACUUGCAAGGGCUCAGGAGCAGCUCGACGGACUAAACGUGUCUUUGUACACCUGGCGGAGAGGCAGCGAUGUUGUUUCGGAAGCGGAGGGCAUCGUGAAGCGUGCCCUUGCAGACAUGAACAGGGCACGCAGGGCUCGGUAG